GGCCGCGCCGCAACACGCGUCUUUGCCUAUUUCGAAAAAAAAAACAACUUAAAAAAAUAUACAACUCAUAGUGUUGUUCAAUUUGACAGAUGUCAAAAUUUGUUGUGUUCACAACGGACUGUGUUUGAUUUAUAAUUGAAAAAAUAUAGUUUAAAAAUAUUAUUAGUUGUAAACUGUGUCUGUUUAAAGUUUGGAUCUUUACAUCGAUAGUUCGUGUGUUCCAGUUGGACCGCAGGUUGCGCGUACGCACGAAUCGCGACGCUCUUUGCAAGAGCAUCAGUCGAAACCUGGGCGGCGCGCGGGACAGACGUGCGUUACGCAAUUAAAUUCUCUAUUUUCAAAAAUCAAUGGAUAAAAAAUAGUGAAGUGCAGUGAUGCAAUAGUGUGCAGUGGAGUGCAAUAUUUUUUUACAAAUACUUAAUUUUUGAAUUUUUAAGUUUGUUUUUUUUUUAUAAUAAAAUUUUACAAAAAUGCAAGGUCGUGAUAAGUUGUGUGCGAAGCUUACGAGUGCGUUUCUCAGGAAAUGGUGGUUCGUGUUGGCCUCCGCAGUAGUGUUAUUGCUACUGGGCAUUGUCUGUGCCAUAUUCUUCGGAACAUGGGUCCGGAUGUUUAUAGAUCAUGAGCUGAUCCUCCGCCCCGGCUCGAUGACCUUCGAGUGGUGGGCGAGACCCCCGGUGCGACCGUUUGUCAAGGUCUACGUGUACAACGUGACCAAUGCUGAUGAGUUCCUCAAUAAUGGAUCCAAACCGAUCCUUGAUGAGCUGGGACCUUAUGUUUACUCGGAAGAAUGGGAGAAGGUGAAUAUCACGGACAACGAGAAUGGAACCCUUUCAUUCCACUACAAGAGGACUUACACCUUCCAACCAGAACUCAGCAGGGGCAUGGAUGAUGAUGCUGUAGUGGUUCCGAACAUACCUAUGUUGAGUGCAACAUCACAAUCGAAACAUGCCGCGCGAUUCCUUCGACUGGCCAUGGCGUCUAUCAUGGACAUCCUCAAAAUCAAGCCGUUCGUCGAAGUGUCCGUCGGUCAGCUCCUGUGGGGCUAUGAAGAUCCUCUCCUGAAGCUGGCCAAGGAUGUCGUGCCUAAGGAACAGAAGCUGCCUUAUGAAGAGUUUGGGCUGUUUUAUGGCAAAAACGGCACCAGCGGCGACGUAGUAACAAUGUUCUCCGGCGCCAACGACAUGACGACCUACGGCAUCAUCAGCCACUACAACAUGAGGGACAAGCUCCAGCACUGGACCAGCGACACGUGCAACAGCAUCGCAGGGUCUGAUGGCUCAAUCUUUCCCCCUCACAUCACUAUGAAUGAUACUCUUGCUGUCUACGACAAGGAUCUCUGCCGAUUGCUGCCUUUGAAAUUCCUCGAAGAGGUGGCGAUAGAUGGUAUCCAGGGCUACAGAUACACUCCUCCUGAAGAUGUCUUCGCCAAUGAUGAGCACAACCGCUGCUUCUGUCCCGCUGGACCUCCCUGUGCACCAAACGGACUCUUCAACGUAUCUCUUUGUCAAUAUGACUCACCCAUCAUGCUAUCGUUCCCCCACUUCUACCUGGCUGACCCUAGCCUCCGUGAGGCCGUGGAGGGCAUCAGCCCACCCAUCCCAGAGAAACACAGACUUUUCAUCGACGUUCAACCGGAGAUGGGUAUCGCGAUGAGAGCUCGCGCCCGUAUCCAGAUCAACUUGGCUGUGUCACAGGUGGUAGACAUCAAGCAGGUCGCCAACUUCCCCGAUAUUGUGUUCCCUAUUCUGUGGUUCGAAGAGGGUAUCGACGAGCUCCCUGAGCAGGUCCGCUCCCUGCUCCGGCUGGCGACGCAGGUGCCCCCGCUGGCGCGCAGUGCGCUCGGCUGGGGACUGUCCGCGCUCGGACUACUGCUCAUACUGCUCGCUGUCACCUGUCUUAUCAGAUCCUCCCACCGCCAAAGUACGUUAAGACUAGAAGGACACGUGGUAGCGAAACCGCCGCCGGCUAAAACCCCGAGCAAAGACAACGGCUACGAACUAAAUAGUCGAAGAUAAUCUAUAAUCUAAGCAAUUUAUUAAUUACCUAUUUUGUAAUAUUACAAGAAUUUCUGAUCAGCUCGGUAAAUGUCAUUAACGUCAACUGUCAGGUUUGACAGCUGUCAUAGCUGUCAGCUGUCAAAGGUUGUGUGCAAUGUUGGAAAUUUUAUUUUUUUGUUUAGGUAAUGAAUCGAAGGAAUUGGUUGUUUUGUAGUUAACUUGGUUUUUAAAUAUUUUGACUUCUAUUUUCAUAUUCUUUUUUACAUUGCUUGACUGGUUUUUUAUAAGGUGCCGACAGUUAUCAGCUUUUUGGAAAUUCUCUUUGAAAAAAAACUGUCUUAAGACUAAAUUUUGUUUUAUAUUCGUGCCUAAAGUCAUUUUUUGUCUUACCCUGGAAUCGAAUCUCAUUUAUAAAAUGGAGGUAAGUCAGAAAAAGGCUCUUAUACACGAGUAUAAAAGAUAUAGCUAAAAUAUCUACUUACUUAGUUUUUAUUUUUAGAUUUUAUAAUCUGUAGUCACAAAGUAUUUUUAAUCUAUAUUACAGUGUUGCCAGGCCAAAAACUAUUUCAAUAUGGCGACUUCCGGUCUUAAGGCAGUUACUUUUUUAAUACCAUUGCUUUAAUAGUUCUUGUCUGGUUUUCUUUGAUAUUGUAAAUAAUAUAAUUCAAUAAUUUUUAUAUUCAAAGUGUUGAUAACAAACAUUCAACAGAAUCAGUUGUGAAACUUCUCUGUGGAUUUCAAUCUAGCGGACAAAAUGCAGAGAGAUACAUAUUUUAAUAAUCCACUUAGGAAAGAUUCGGUGUAUGGAAAUAGGCUCAGCCUUUACAUGGGACUCAUAACAUAACUGGAAGUAAUAUUGACUUAAUCUCAAUCACCCACUUCUGACCAUAUUUCAUGAAUAUACAAUCAUCCGAACAUAGUCUUUUUAAUCUCGAUAAUAAUGAACAAAACCGGUUGAGUCGUAGUGUCACAGGUUGCCACAGGUACAAUGCUAGCGAUCUCUAUUAUUGCAAACUCUUUUUGCUAAACUGUAUAACUGUAACACGAGUGUGUUGCCAACCUUGUAGGAAUUUGGGUAGGUAAUUGCGCGAAAAUUAAGUUUUUUGAAUAUAUAUUUAUUUACAAUAUCAAAGAACUACAUUCAUCCUAAAAAAGACUAUAAAGUAAUGGGUAUAUACCGACAUCGAAUAGACAAUAUUAUAUAAUUUAAUUUUACGUAUUUUUUAUUUUAUUUUUUUCAUAUAGCAACACUGUUAUUAAAGCAGCCCGCGCACUUGUGAUUCGUUCGCGCGAUUUUGACACUUUACUUUUAAAUCUAUUCCUUUUUGAACUGUAAAUAUUUUUGAAAUAUUUUUCUUCGUAUUAAUGACCUAGUGAUUAAUCGUGCGUCUUAGUCGCAAGUGCGCGGUCUGCGUUCAAAAAUACGAUUAUUUUGUAGUUUUUAUGCAGCAUUUGCGGUUACUGUUAUACCACCUUAUCUUAUAAGUUAGAUAUUUUGAAUUGAAGGCAUUUUUGGUAUUAAUCUUAGAAAAAAAUCGUGCAUGUCGCAAAAUUGUAUUUCAGUCGUAAGGAAGUCGUCAUUAAAUUGGCAAUAAUUUCGAAGUUUGAAUUUCACAAUAAAAAUAAAUUAUAUUUAAAAUCGACUUAAUGAAUUAAAUCGACUAAGACAGUUUUAAAUAAUUGUGGCAACACAGUUUGAUUCGAUCAAAUCUAAUGUUGUCGUUAUUUCAAAUUAUUUUCUUUAAUAUUUUAUGCAUUAUGCCUUCAAUUCUAAAUGUUUUUUUUUAAACUUAUAUAUGACUACACUUUAGUCUUCAAUUGUGAUAAGCAAUAUUUCAAGUUUAAUUUUUUCAUAUUAAUUGAAAUAAAUUAGUAAAAUAUUGAACAAAACAUUUUUUAAGUUCGGGUCAAUUUUAUCCUCUUUUUUAAUUUUGAUCCAAACCCGGGAUAUUUUGACCCUGUAUGGGGUAAUAUUGAUCCAACCUCGUUAACCAAUAGUUAUCAAGAACAAAGCAUAUAUUAGUUUUUCAUUGUUUAAAAGUUUGGAUCAAAAUUAUCUUCUAGGAUCAAACCGGAAUUUACAGUAUGACUUGAUAAUUAUUUUACAAAUUGACAAUUUUUUAUAAUUAUUGAGAAUUUUUGACUAGUUUGGUUGACAUUUAAUUCUGAUUUUGACUGUAUUUUUUAACUGUAAAUAUUCAUCGGUGAAGUUCGCUUAGGCUACGAUAUAAGGCUACGAAUUAUUUUGUAGACAAUUACCUGAUUGUCAAAUUUUUUUCGACAAUUGUUGUAGAAAAAAAAUUGUAAAAGUUGAAAUAUUUUUUAUUUAUUGUACUUUGGAAUAUUGAUAAUAUAACUGGGGAAAAAGUGUAAAUGGUUGUAAAAAUGGUUUAAUAUUAAAAAGUCUACGAAUAAUUUGUAGCCGUUAUCAUAGCUAAAGGUAAAUCAACAUUAUUAUUUUAUUUUUAAUCCUCUGGGCGUCAGGUUGCCAUUAAAAAUCAUAUGUAUCGGUUUAAAAAAUAAGGCAGGUGUAUAUGUUUGAAACUAUGACAUUAUCGAUACUUAAUCGACUAUUAAAUUCGAUACUUUUAAUUUCAUUUAUUACCUUGACAUGGGCAUGUCAUAGUAUACUAAACUGUAAGAGUUAUUCAAUAGUUUUUAAUCUUAUUUUGAACGGAAUAAAGUUAAAAAUGUAUUGAAUUAAUUCGGUUAGCUUGAGCGCGUUUGUCCAUAGUUAAUUAGUCGAUGUAUCGAUAAAAUCGUAGUGUAAAGUAUGGAGAAAUAUAUUUUUAAUAAAAAAAGUAAUUUACCGAUAGUCGCUAGUCUAUUACUCAUGGGUCCGUCCAUAGUUUCUUAGUUUAGUAUAUUUUUUACCAAUUAUAAAUGUUUCUUAUAGUUUUUAAAUUUUAUAUAAAAGGAGCGGUUUCUAUAUUUUUUUAAGGUUUUUUUCUGAGUGGGCAAAUGUAUAUACCUAACUAUGAAAUUUUGAAAGAACUUGGCCAAGUUUUUGUUACGGUCCUUGGCCAAGAGAACGAAAAAUUUAAUAUAAAAAAUGUUUUAAUGAGAACAAAAUAUUCCUCAAUACUUGGCUAGAUAUAUGCCAAGUUUGUAUUUUGCAAAAUUAGAUUUUUUUAAUAGAUUUUUGAACAACAAAAUAUCAUGAGUAACUAUUUUUGAUAUACCUACUUAUUAUGACUUCAUAAAAGGCAGCUUUAUAGUUAAGCCUUAUUGGAAAAGACUAACACACAUUUUCACCAACCUAUCUUAAAUUUUAAGGACCCCUAAGCUCUGAUAGGUGACACUAAAUGACAUUUCAGUUUUCAUCAACCUACAAGUGGCACCUGACAAAACAAGGGGUUUGUAAGUGCUCCCUCGAGCUGAGUAACUCUUAGUUAAGAGAUGGUUUAGGUGUGGUUGGGGAAAAUGGUGAGGCUUUCAUCACAUCUAGUUAAGUUUUCGUUAAUCAAACUGGCAGAUAAUUUUGACAUGUCUUCCAUAAGAAAUCUGUCAGUUUAGCUGAAUGAAACUUAAUUGAUAGUAGUGAUAAGGCCUGACUUUUAUUGACAUACUUUACAUGGAUGAUGUUCUAUUUUAUACUUGUCCCUUUCUGAAUAUUGUCUUUUCAAUAGUUAGAAAGAGAUGGAAACAUAGUAUAGUCCAAUUUGGUGUCUUUCUGAAAUUAUAUGUAUUGUAUUUGUCUCGGCUAAAGAGAUUCGAAACUUGAAGAAAGAGACAUGGUGCUAAUUUAUUACUUUUAAAAGGCGCUGAUAUCAAAGAAAAAUCUGAAAAAACUGUAUCAAUUGUGCUUAUUAUUAUCCGUCGUAUCCACGGGCGGCUUAAACAGGUAACGUCUACCUAUAAAAAUGGUAGCCAUGUUUAGAUGUUGACACAUGACAUGAAAACCCUGAAACUGGCAUCUUUAAAGGAUUAUAAUUGACUUUUGAGAUUGAAAUGAAUUAAAAUGCCACUAAAACCUACUACAAAUUAUUUGAUAUAGCAGGUUUUCUUGCGUUUCUUUUAAUAAUUAGGGUCUUCUAUAAAUACUCUGCAUUCCAAUAUUAAAGUAAUUCAAUAAAGAUUUAACUUAAACAUUCCAAAAUAUUGUAAAAAGGAAUUCCUAAAGCUCAUUCUUUUCUACAGAUAUUUUUAAACUUAAAAUAUAUACAACCUUUCCUAACAAAGGCAUUUGAAUUAUUCAAUUUCAAUAUUUAUAAAAAUAACUAUAUUUUGUUUCCCCACUUACUCCGAUUUACUGAAAUAUUAAAUUAUGAAUAAGAUAUUAUUUGGUGCUUAAAAGUUUUAGAUCAUUUCAAAAAUGGUUCCUGUAUGGUAUUAAAAAUGUGUUUUUGUAAACCACAUAAUUAUGACAAGCGGUGCCGCCAUUAAAAAGACUAAGGACUUGACCAAGAAUAUUUUUUGUAUACUUAGCCAAGUCCAUAAAAACUUGACUUAAAUGUGACUCGAAUACGUGGCCAAGUUCAACAUUCCUUGGCCAUUUUUUCCCUUUUACUACGUAUCCAUUAUUGUAAUGUUGGCGAAAUGUAACAGCCAAGUAACUGUAAAUUUUGUAAACCUUGGCCAAGUUCAAAGUUUGGGCCAAGUCAGCGAUUUUUUGCUCAAAUUCAGUAAUUUUAGAACACCACUUAAAUAUAUUUUUUAAUGUUAAAAUUGUUCGUAAUUUGUAAAUAAAAUGAAGGUGUAAGAUA